AACCCUAAAACUCCUGGAUAGGAAUCGAAAUAUUUCUUCUUCCGGAUGAGGAGGAGCGAGCGAUCGCGGUGGAGCUGUCCUGGGAGCUGGCCAUGACCUCGCGGAGCGCCGCUUCUCCGAAAAUGUAUCACCACCAUCGCCCCCAUUCGGCCGCCAAAUCUCUCCCCGUGGCGCUGCGAGGAGCGCUGCCGGUAGUACUGAUCGAGGCCACCAGGAAGAAGAAAUCCUCGCUCCGGAAAAAUGGGGAGCUAGCCUGCCCCGUCAAGCCGCCAUCGCUCUUUGUCAAGCAAUCGCCAGUCCCGGCGCGGCGGCCUCUCCGCUGCGUUCCAUUCACGGAUCUCGAGACAGGGCCGGUGGAAUCGCGACAUUCUCGGCAGGGAAGCGAUGGUGGAAGAAAGAGUGAAUCGUCUUCUUCUUCUUCACUGGUUAUGGUGGAGGCGAGCAAUGCGAUCGAGGAACAGGGCAAGGCGUCCAAGUGGGCGAGCUUGUUCGAGGCCGCGAGCACGAGCAGGCCUAGCGGAGAGUCCCAGCAGGAUCAAUCCUCCAAGGACGCGGAUGCCUGGUUUGACAAGAUCUUCCCAAAGAACGUCGGCCAGGCGAAAGAGGGCGAUGCCUUCGCGGCUCCCAAGCUCAGCGCCCAGCAGGAGAAAUCCAUCCAGCAGCUCCAGACGCUGGUCAAGACCCUGGGAGUGGCGACGAGGAACCCACCACCGCCAACCCGGAGGAACAAGCCGAGUAACAAGAUCAUCCGGCAGCUUCCAGUCCAAGGCGGAGCUGGAAUCGUGGAUCCAGUGCCAUUCUCUUCGAUCCUCAAGAAGCUCCAGUCGGUCUCCACGGCGGGGGCUCCAGCGCCUUCUUCGUCGUCUCAGCUGAAAGGAUCGACCAAGUUGGCAGUGGAUGACCAAGAACAGCAGGAAGAGGGCGAGGAUUUGGAAGAUGGUGGAUCGAGCGAGGACGAGACCGACUCGGAAACCGAGAGUGAUGAAGCUGGCGGAGAGAUCCUCCAGCAGCAGGAAGAGCAAAUCGUAGCUUCAUCGUCAGCGAUUGAAGAGAACGAAGAACAGCCCCAAGAAGCAUCGAUCGAGGAGCAAGUGGAUCUCGCCAAGCUAACAGUGGUGAGCUUGAGAUCCAUCGCCAAAUCUCGGGGCCUCACUGGAUUCUCGAAGAUGAAGAAGAGCGAUUUGGUCGAGCUCUUGAAGAACUAGCAAAGAUUUUUCUUGAGAUCUUUUGAAUUUAAAAUUUUCCCGCAGAAA